AUGCGUCUCGCGACGAAUUGUUGUUGGUGUAUAUUCCUGAUCGCCACUGUCGCGCUGUUUCGCGCUGAGACCCGAAGUUUGCGAAAGAGAUCAAUCACAGACGCUGAUCCAUGUCUUGACAAGGAAUUGAUUGAUAAUCCCGAGCUUGUGACGUUUUCUCAUCAGUUUCAGAAUGUCUCCCGCCCGUGGAUUCGAAACGAUGACGUCAAUGUUAAGUUAUACAGAAGCGUUGGAAUAAAUUAUCGAUGGGCUUGGAUGAAGUCGCUUUGUGUUAAAGGAAUCAGAAGGCAGUGCUCAAUUGAAGAUAUUGUGCAGUUCAUGGCGAAUAAGAACUGCUUGUUCAUGCCCUACGGUCCCACGGUUCGCACUUUUAUUCUUCGAGAUGACACGACAUGGUUGAAAGGAGAAGUUAGCUGCGAUAUUUCGGAGUUAUAUACCCACUGUGUUGAAAAAUAUGGAGAGACGCUUUGCUCGUUGUACCCGAUUGAAGACGGCGGAUGGGGUGAAUACCGAUUGGAGAUUGGCGAUGGAUCUGUUAACAACACGAUAGGCGAGGUUCGCGCUGAGCCGAUUUCAAUUUACAAUUGGGGAACUUUUACGAAAAAGAAGCCGGAAAGUUGGGCUUACACUGUUGAAGACAUGGCGCUUUAUGAUGAUUUGUCUGGAUCGACGAUCUUGGUUGAUAUUACUGGGAAUGGAUUCACCGAUACCUGCGAGAAACGUUUGGUUCCAACGGUCAGAGAUGACGAAUGGGAAGAAUGGAGCGAAAAACAACCAUUGAAAAUUCUUAGAUUCUACGAUCUUCGAGCUGACGGCUUCAGUGUUUCGAACUCCAACUUCCAGAGGUUCAUCAAUAAGAAAAUUACUGAAGGAUUCGAUAGGAAGGCUGCUGAGACUUUCUAUUGCGAGAACAUUCUCAAAGGAGUUAUUGAUUAUAAUGACGAGACGACUAUCUGUUACACGAUUUAUCCAGAAAGCGAAUCGGCUCGUCAUAUUGCUACAAUUCGCACGAUAAUGACGAAAGAGCUCGGACUUUCAUGGAACGAAACGAUUGGAAAAGCUGUUGAUCAAUUGGAAGCAGUGUAUUUGACGAAUAAACAAUUUGCUGAUAUCAAAGCAAAACUGAAACAUCGAAUUCUUUCCGAAGAAUCAUUGAAAACCACCACCGAGUUGCCGAAAAUAAUUGUUGAGGGAAAACCGAUGAUCAAGGAUAUGGAAGAAGUUCAUAAGCGCCCGAUUUUGACGAUGGCCAAUGGACCUGUUGUUGAGCUUCCAAAAGAGUUUCCUAGUGCUCCAAAAGCGAAACCCAAUGAGAAUUUGGAAUUUGAAGAAGCUUCUGCGACCCAGCUUGAUGAUAAAAAGGAACCGUUUGCGUAUUUGACAUCGAGUGAGGAUAGCGAUGAGAGAACGAAGUUUGGAGUGUUGAAUCCGAAAACAAGAAUGAUUGAGGUGACGAAUCCCGAUGUGUGGAAUCAAGAGUCCGUUGUUCAUUCGGAUGAAGAUUUGUCUGAGAAAGACCGCAAAGCUGCAGCGAUCACCACCAUUAAAUCGAAAGAUGACUACGAGCCGAAGGACUACGAAGCCCAGGAAUUCAACACUGGUACUGUAAUUCUUAACUCGGCUAAAACCAAUUCCGUUCUUGUUCUUGCCUUCACCGUGUUUCUCAUCAUUUUAGCCUAA